UCAGGUGGCUUCGUCCCUGGACUUGGUCAAGCCCCACCUAACAACAAUCCUGUAACCUUCAUGGUCACCAACGACUGUCCCAUCCAGGGUAACUGGGAAUGGUGUGGCCAGUCUGGCAAACCGGGAACAAGUAAG